CAUCAUACUAUUAUAUACAAGUACCUACGACCAUUAUAAUUUAUUCCGAUUUUUUCGCGUUAAACGACUGCAGUGAAACAUUUUUAAACUUUACACGAAACGCUGCAGUAUAACAUUAUUAAAUAUACACCUAUUAUACGUAUAAAAAAAAAAAAAAAACUGCGAUCGUCGUCACCAUGGAACAGUGGAGAGGUCAUAACGCGAUCGUGACCGGUGCCGGUUCAGGCAUAGGAAUGGCUACGACGGUCGAGUUGCUCAAACACGGCGUGAACGUGAUCGGAUUAGACAUACAGGCAGAUAAGCUCGAGGUUUCUUCGUAUUUUAUUCUAGUUUUAAUUUUAAUAAUUUUUGGAAAAACUUAUAUUAUAUACUCACGCUGUAUAGGCAGUAUAAUAUUAUAACACUGAAAUUGUAUUUUAAUUCAACGCCUGCAAUUAUCAUACGAGUAAUUUAUUCAAAAUAAUAAUAUGCCUAGCUAUAUUUGUAAAUAAGUAAUUUAUAAGUAAAGACAAUCAUGAAAUUGCACAUGUAUUAUAGAUAAUAGCAUAACAUAUACGAAAACAUUUUUUUGAAAAUUGCGAAAAAAAAAUUUUCGAUUAGAUCAAGUUUUCAAAUAAAAACCUGAAAUGCAAUUUAAAAAUCUAAAAAUGAGUACUAGAGGUUUAGAAGGUUAUAGGUGUAGAAGACUCCCGUCAGCUAUCAGUCGUCUGUCAAGCGAUGGUCACGCACGAUCCAGUGGCUUACACACGUCUCAGUGUGUGAGCUCAAUAUUAGACGACCGUCCGAAUCUGAUCUCUUAAUACGAACUUUUAUAUUUUUCCUUUAUUACGAAAAGUAUUUCAAAUAGUGGCUUUUAUAAAUUCGGAAUGAUACACAAAAGCUCGUAUGAAGUUUUUGAUUUAGGUAAGUGUCCAAGUAAAAAACCUGAAGUGUUAUUCGAAAAUCUAAAAAAUUAUACUUACUAUAAUUAUAGGUUUUUAGAACCUCGGUGUAGAGCCUCUAUAGUAAAGGGUAUCCUAUAUAUACAGUCGUCUGUUGCGCAAUGGACACGUACGACCCAGUGGCUCACACAAUAUAGAUAUUAGACAUAAUAUAAUAUUUAGUUAUAACUAAAGUUUUUACAAACUGUAGUUGAUGAUAGAUCUUAUUGUCGCAACCAGGAUUUUUUUAAAGGGGGUUUCACAUGUCUCUAUUAAAAAAAAACAUAUUUUUAAACACAUUUAUGUUAUCUCAACACGGAUGUGGAGGGUGUUCAGACACCCAAAACACCCCCCUGGUUGCGCCACUAAUGGGCCCAUCACACACAUCGGUCCACGGUCAAUUUUAUGGCCAAUUAAUUAAAACAUGCAGUUUAUAAAAUCAAUAACGCAGAUAUAUUACGUACUAAACGAUUCCGUACAGGUUUUAUUAUAUAUUUACAUAAGAUGUAACGUUAUAUUAAAAUUGGGCCAUUGGGGUUUCUCCAAAAUGCAGCAGGUAGGUAUAGUGUAUUACACUGUAUAUUAGAGAAUUCUCUAUGGAUUGGUAAACUCCAAUUUUUUUUUCUACAAGAUAACUUGAUAAAUUGAUUUGUUUAUCAAAAAAUUAUUAUCACUUACCACGUCACUUCAUUCAACCGUCGUCGUUUUAAUGUAGGUGUCGUCGGCCCAAAUGUAACGACGCCGAAGCGCUAAAUCGUGGCGGCUAGAGAAUGCAGUCUCGUUGCUGUGAGUGUGUUCCGCUGCUGCCGGUGGUAAGGGGUGGUCAGCUGACCGCCGUGGUCGUCUUGAUAGCCCCGAGGUGUUUGGCACUUCGCUUUAUUCCACACACCACAGAUAUCCAUACGAAAUGUUUUAUGAACCAGCACUAUUGUCGUGACAGUCGCCCCGCCUUCACGUGUAUCUUCGCCACUUUCCGCCUUUGCUGCUAAACGUUAUGGAUUCUCCUUGCCUUUAGAGAAUAUUCCGCUCUCACACAUACGUCGUAUUUGACUAUUAAUUGAAUUGGGUACCUGCAUGUAAUAUUAUCUAAAUAAAAUAAGUAGUACCUACGUAAAUUAUUAUGCUAGAGGUAGUCUAACGGGUGAUGACGUAGAUACAACCCCCACAUUACCACAUUUCCCUUCAAUAUUUAUAGUGAGAUAUAAUAUCUAUUUAUCUAUAUAUUUGUAUAAAAACAAAAAUACCAAUGAUGUGUUUUAUAAUAGUUGUUAAAAAAUUAUCCUUAUUUCCCUUCCCCUCCCAUGACAAAAUCAUUUGACCACCACUUUUGUGUGCUGUAUAGGAGCUUGCGGGUUCACUGGGAUGCACAUCAUCGACUUCAGUUGGUUCAAACGACAGUCGUCGCGGGAAAUUUCAUCCGAAAGUCUGUAACAUCACCGACGAACGAGCUGUGGAAGAAGCAUUCGGCUGGGUAGACUCGGUUCUCGGUGGAGUCAGCGUGCUGAUCAAUAAUGCCGGCAUCAUAAUGCGAACUAGUCUUUUAGGUGAGUUUCACUGGAAAUUAAUAGGCGUGUUCCGAGGGGGCGUGAAAUUCUGGGGCAAUUUCCCUCCUGAGUUUUAAAUUCCUAUGUACGAUAUACCUGUUACAUUUAAAUGUUAGCAGCUUCAUAGAAAAUAUAAUCGUCAAAAAAAACAAUUUUAUUUUUAAAUUUUUUUUUAUUAUGAUAUGUACUUAUUUUUUUUUUUUAUUUGUGAACAACUGUUCUACCAGAAAUCUCGCUCCGUUCAAAAAAUUAAAAGGGACCAAUUUUGUUUAAUUUUGAAUGCGAUUGAUGUAUUGAAGAUUUUAUUUUUUGAUUUUCAAAGAGGUUUUCAUAAUAACUGAGAAAAACCGGAAAUAAACGAUAGGAAAACGGACAAACAUAAUAAAAUAAUAAUAAAUUACCUAUAUAUUUAAUAAUUUUAAAAGAAAUAUUUAUUCGUACCUAGUAUAAACCGGACAAAAGUAUGUAAACCUUUAUAAUUAAAUUUUAAUUUUGGCGAUUAAAAUUUUGCAAUUUUCACAAAUGCGCAAUAAGCGUUCUUUGGGUCUGGGGAAAAAUGUCCAAAGCUAAAAAUGUAUAGCUAAAUUAUAAUAUUAUUCCUUCCUAUAUAUUAUGCCUUAUGAAUUCGUACUUACUCUACAUAUAAAAAGUACCUACACUUGCAGGGCCGUUCUGACGAUUAUCGUGAGGUCUAAAAUCACACAUCAUGUGCAUGCAUAAAAUACUAUGGUCCAUUCAACGUCAUUUGAAAAAAAAAGUUGAUACAUAUUUUUUUUACUGGUUAACUUGACUUUUCUUUAUUGUGUGUAUAAAGCGCGAAGCCUGUCCAACGAUGAUGUAAGCGCGGGGGCGAGAGUCCCACACACUUGACACUCACUUCGAAAACUAUAGAUAUAUAGGUUUUUAAAAUUUUAAAAUUUUAAUUAUUUAGGUAUUAUACAGUUGAAUUUAAUAAAAUAAAAGAUCUGCUAUUUUCUUUUUAAAUAUAAAUAUUUGUUAUGUUUCGUGGUUCUCUUGAAGCAGGUUGAAUAGUUCCCUAAACAUAAUCACUGUUAAAAUGAUUGUGAUUAGUUGGUGCAGUGGUGGUUUUUGAACUUCUUUUUCGAUGGGCAGUCCUUUGAUAUUAACUUACAAUAUAUUUAACAACAAAAAAUAUUUAUCCAAUAAAUUGUUCAAUUAUUUUAUUUAACAUAGGUACUUAUGUUACCUAUUAUUUCUUUACUUAUCUACAUUAGUUUUCUCAACCUAUGGGUUAUGAGGCAAUAUUGGAACGCGAAAUAUUUUUGUUGAGUCACGAUGAAAGAAAAAUAUUUUGAUUAUAAUAUAAAAAAUUAGAAAAAAUAAAACAAAUAUUAGUAAGAAUAAUAAGAAAAUAAGAAACAUAAAAUAUUUUGAUAUGAAAAAUGAAUUGAAAAACUUGUAUUAUUUAAUGACGAUUGUGGGAAAUUUCGUGUGUUAUCGGUCAAUCGCUAAUAAGGCUUAUGCCGUGUGCCCGGUCUCCUAUUGGUGUCAUCGCGUGAAAUUCUGCAAGAAUAUGUCUGCGUGUCGCCUCAAAGAAUUGAUAUAGUUCGUAUAAUGUCGUAAAUUAAAAAAAAUAAAUAAAAAUUAUCGUAGAUAAUAGAGGUUAUAUAGAGGCAAUAGUGGUUCAAUAACCACAAUAACAAAAACAUUAAUAAAUAAUAAAAUAUUCGUUCUUUGGACCUCGUAUAGACUAUUCCUAGGUUAGCUUAAAAUAAAUAACUUAAACGGUUUAUAGGGGUAUAGGUAAUAGUAAAUCACUGUGAACAAAAUACGAUUCCUAUAGUGUGGAGAUGGCAAAUAAAUAUUUUUUUUACUACGUUAAAAUCAAAUGUUUUUGUUUCUUUAGUUUUGACUGGUAAAAAAAAAAAAAGUGUAUCGAUAUACAGUAUAAUUCAUGGCACGUAAUGCGUAGUAAAUAAUACAAAAAACAAAAAAAAUUUCGAUUAUCAUACAGCAUAAAAUAAGAAAAACAACUUAAGUAGGUUAUAAUAAAUUACACAAAUUUACACGUAGUACAAUAUUUAACGUGAUUAAAUUCAUUGUACAACAAAACCUGACGGAUGUUCAAUGCGUCCGGAGCAAUCAAGAUACAUGUUAAUUAAAAAACAAAUGACGAUAAUGUUGCAGACAUCUGUUGUAAACAUUUUAUAUUAAAAGACUAGAAACGCCAAAAAAAAAAGAAGGGGUACACAUAUCAUUGGGUGGGUAAUAAUAGUUUUUUGGACUUGCCGAGUGACUUCACUGCGCGAGGUCCGAACGCGUAUCGAGCCGCAGCUGGGUAACACCUUAGCUACACGUCUGAGCCGCCACUCGAAAAGAGGCACCGAUCUGACCCGGAUCGUGACCACGUCAUUGGGUUGGACGUUUAAGGCUGGGUGUCUGUCCGUUUGGCCCGCUCUUGCAUGAUGUGUAAGUAUUCGGCCGACCAACGGCGCUACAAUAACUGAUGACACUGGUCCAGGAGCUUCGAACGGCCACGGGUGUCCAAAGUGCGGGGAAGGAUUUUUAGUAACGGUUGGUCCACCAGGAAGAUUUCAUACGUGAAAUAUUUGAGAUUUGAGGUCAUGCGGAUCGGUUGAUGCCGGAGUUAGCGGUCGGGAAUUGAAUACCGCCUCUACGCGGCAUAACACCGUCGCGAGUUCCUCGUAGGCGAAGGUGUGUGCACCCACGAUCCGAAUCGACAAACGCUUCAAGGACCGUACUGCUGGUUCCCACAAUCCACCGAAAUUCGGAGGGUUAGGUACAGGGUAACGCAUUGACGGUGAUAACGACUUGCGGCGUGGUGCUAUUCGCCAGUUGACGGGGCCGCCGGUCGGCGCCGAUAAAGUCGGUCCCGUAGUCCGCGUAGACGUAGACAGCUUCAAAUGGAUCGUCUUGAUGUUUAGCCACACAAACACGGAGACAGUUUUGUACGUCCGUGCCUUUCGUGACCAGUGUUCUCGCACCAUGACGGGCCCUGGUGUAAUCGAUUUCAACGCGUGCGAACGCGCGGCGAAAAGCCUGCACUGCCGGGUGAUAGGCCGCGAUAAGGCCGCUCACGGAUGGUGGGUGGCAUGGAUAUGGGAACCUAACCUAACCGAUCUUUGGCGUCCAUGACAUUAGCUUAUACUCGAACAAAGAAAGAUUUUGUGAACCAUGUUUAAUAGGAACACAAACCGGACUACCGUUUAAGACGAGAAAUAUAUAUUCAAUAUUGAACAUCUUAGAAUUUUCGGUUUAGAUACAUUUGUACACAUUCCAACAGAAAUGUGAACCAAAUCGAACAACAAAACUCGAAAAGGGAAAAUGGUUAAAUAUACACAAAAUGGGUACAGAAUAUGGUUACCUGACAUAAGAAGAAUAGUCACAGCCAAGGAUAUUGUUUUUAAUGAACCAAUAGAACACUGAAUCGUGUUUGUUAUUCGUCGGAUCGUAUAUUUCGUUACGUGGAUACUAUAAUACGACUUCAUAGUCAACACGGUUGUUGUUGAUUAGAAACGAAAAUAAUAUUAGCCAUCUAUUUAUUUUUGUUUCGGCUACGUCACACAGCGGUUUCGAUCGUUAUUCACAGUGGCGCAUCCGCAGGGGACGUGAAAAAAAAGAAUUGUAACAUCGUCUUAUCUGCGUGACUCGACUACGGGAGUUAAUAGUAAUUAAAAAAAAAAAAAAUUCUAAUCAAUACCAUCAAGCUUUUACUUUUAACUUGGCUGAAAUAUGUGCGUUUCGAAUUUAAAUUACUACGUCUAAAUAUUUUUUUUCAUGCCAACGGGUUAGGAUAUAACCCUUAACCUCCCCCUCCCCGCGUACACCACUGAUUAUUUGUAAUAUAUAGAAUUUUUUUUUUUUUUAAAACAAUUUUCAAUGGACAAACUGUAUAGGUGUAACUACUGACGGUGCGGCAUCGACGAUGAGUAAACAUGUUGGUCUGGUACGACGUAAUGAAGAAGUAAUUCCAGAUGCUGAAUUAACGCAUUGUAUGCUUUAGAGAGGCACUUGUAUCGAAAAAGAAAUGUUUACUGACUUAAAUGACGCUCUUAAAAUUAUUAAUUUUAUUAAAUCUGGAGGAUUAAAUAGUAGAUUACUUUUUUAACUCUGUGAAGAUAACGGACAAAAUGUUAAAUCACUUUUAUUUCAUUCUGAAGUAGGUACGUUGAAUUUCUCAUCAAAAAUAUCUAUUUAGACUGUUUUAACUUCGGCAUAAAGUGUUAGAAUUUCUCAACAAUAAUAAUUCCGAUUUGAAAACCUAUUUAUGUGAGAGUAAAUGGUUAAUUAUGUUAGCAUAUUUGGUAGAUAUUUGUUUGUACCAUGUUUAAUGGUUUAAAUUUAUCGAUGUAUAGUAAAACGUUCGACAUUUUUGACCAGUUCAAAAAAGUGCUUCAUUAAAAAAAAUUACUAUUUAUAAAACUAAAUUAGAGAAAGGAAAUAUUGAUAUGAUUUUAGUACUUAGCGAGUUUCUACACGAAGACGACUCACCGAAUGUCACUUGAUAUUAAACACAUUAUUUUACUACAUUUAAACCAAUUACCUAUUGCAUUAAAUAGUUAUUUCCAAAAGACAUUCGUGGUAUUUUCGAUGGAUUGCAAAUCCUUUCACUGUUUCAAUUGAAGAGUUGAACUUCAAUACGCUUCUUGAAACUCAGAUUAUUGUACUUUCUCGUGAUAAAACUUAAGAAAACAAAUUUAAAAAUGAAACUAUUAUUGAUUUUUGGUGUGUAGUAUAUAAAAUAAAUAUUUAGAAUUGUCAUUAAUACGAUAGAAAAAUUAUUAAUUUUUCUUAUUACUUAUUUAUGAAAAAAUGAUUUUAAACUAUGACCAGUAUUAAAACAAAACAAAGAAAUAGAUUAUAUGUCACACAUGCAACAAAACUCAGAAUCAGCCAUCACACUAAAUCUUAUUUAAAUCAUUUUAUCAUCAUAUUAUAUUCAUUUUUUGUAUUUUAUUUUUACUUUGAAAUGAACCUAAAAUAAUUUUUAUAUUAUUAACAUAAUUAGCAAUUGGAUAUUAAAUAUUUCAUUACAUUAAAAUUAAAUAAUAAAAUUGUUUAUAAUACAAAUUUAUUCAUAUUACUUGUAUUAUUGAUACUAUUAAUUAUUAUGUAUUAAGCUAUUAUGACAUAUUUGAUUUCAUAUAUAUUUUUUUCAAUGUGGGUCGCAUAUCAAAAAAUGAAUAAAUGUGUGGGGUACCUUAACAAAAAGGUUGGGAACCACUGAUCUACAUAAAUGUACCUACCAAUAUUUUAAUUAACAACAAAGUUUAAGUUUAAUUUAAAAAUUAUAACACAAAAUUUAGUUAUUGUAUUCUAAAUUCUGAGUCUGGAGGGGGUUCUGGACCCCUCUCCACCCCCGAAAAGCAUCCACUGAGUAAGUAUACCUACACAGGCUGAUUUCAAAUAGGAACCCCCCCUUUUGAAAAUCAAAAGUAUGCACCUAUUUACGGUAUAUGAAGUAGGGCUAAAAUAUUAAAAAUGGUUUCAAAAUAAAACUUAAACGAUUCCAUAAUGAUUGGAAAAAACAGAAAUUAAAUUCACUUAAAAUUCUCUGAGAUAACUGCUGGUUCAUGAUAAAAAAUUACUCUGUAUUAUUAUUACAAUUUAUGAAUAUUUUGUAUUUCGGUCAUAUAUUAUUUUAGAUGGAACAUUGAAAGACUGGAAUUUUUUCAUGAACAUCAAUGUUUUGGCACAAUGUGUGUGUUCAAGAGAAGCGUAUCGAUCGAUGACUAAGAACAAUAUAAAUGGGCACAUUGUUCAAAUAAAUAGGUAGGUACAUACCUACCUAAUAUUUUUUUCGUCAUACCUAUACCUAGGUGCUUAAUAUUGUAUUAAUUAUUCUUGAUCUUCUAAUCUACAUACAAAAAUUUGAAUGAAAGCAUAAAAAUAAUACUGUCAUAAUAACCUAAUCUUGUUUUUGUGUUUCUGGUCUAGUAUUUGUGGUCAUUCUAUUACUCCAUACUUUGCUCACAAAAUGUAUAACGCUUCUAAAACGGCUGUCACGGUACUGUGUGAAGGUCUUCGACAUGAACUCAGUCUUGUCAAUUCCAAGAUUAAAGUCACGGUGAGUUUUAGGAACUACGAAUUAUUAUUAUUAUAAUUUUAAUAUGAGCUCAAAUAAUAUUUUAAAACCCAGGAGCAUCUCCACAAAAUCUGAAUGUUUGCUCCUGGGGUUGUCACGAUAGGGGAAUUCCUGGUAUUAGGUACUGAUAAUAGCCGAGCAGAAUUUGUUUGGUAAUAAAAAACUAAACACAAAAACCAAAGGAAAAUAGUUCAAAAAUAUUGUUUUGGUCAUUUGUGAGAUUUAAACUCAGAAGUCAUAAAUGAAUCUUUAAUAAUUUUCUCUUUACCUAUUAUUUUAAUGCCAGUUUCGAGUAUUACAAAAUGACACCACCCCAUUACGUAUAGGCACUUACUCUAUGAUUCACCUAGUCGCCACCAUUCUCCUCUUUUCCAUGAUCCAAUUGCUCCCCUAAAAAGGAUUUUCAGUUGAGAAGUAAAUGGAAAACUCCUUAAAACUUUCAUUGUUAGAAAAUGGAGGUGACUACCAUACUUAGUAUAAGGUAUACCUACGGUGCCAAUAAAUUAUUGAAAUUUAUAUAUUAUAUCUGAGAAAUUGUUUUUUCAGAGUGUAAGCCCUGGCAGCGUGGAUACGGAUAUUUUUAAAACAGCAAAUUUUAAACCCUCUUCACAAGUUAUCAGUUCGAGACCAGCUUUAAGACCGGAAGACGUAGCGGCUGCUAUAAUUACGACAUUGGAAACUCCUCCACAUGUGCAAGUCAGUCUUUUUUUUCUCAUACUAGGUUCAUAAGGUAUUUACUUAUACCUAUAUAGGUAGAGAAAUUUAUUAAGAUUUAUUAUAACCUUAAGAAUAGUGGCCAGAAGAGAUAUCUAUGCGAGGGUAUAUGAAGUAAACAAAGAUGUGGAGGAUGAAACAGUAGAUUUGAAUUAAAAUCAAAUUAUGAAAUUGUUAUACAUUUUGUAGUUAUAUUGUUAUUUUGCAGAUAGCUGAAUUGACUAUCAUUCCAAAUGGGUCAACUAUACAAUCCCAUGGGACACCUGCUCCAGUGAAUAUAUGAUAAAAUAUAAGGGAUAUUCAAUCAACGCUAUAGCUAGUAUACUUAACUUAGAUAAACUUACUUAAAUAAUUACCUAUUGUGCGCUGUUAUAAAUAAUAAAAAAUGAUUUUAUGUACUUAUAGGUAUAGUAUUUAGACCGAUAUAUUUAAUAUUAUUGUGCAUAAACAAA